AGACCAUCACUAUCCGGCUACUCCAGACCUCCAUCUUCCAAAACACCUCCUUUGUGGACACGGAAGGGGUGGGCCUGCUGAAUGACAUUGAGCUUGGUUCUCUUGAUAAACAUACCUGGACCAUCCGCUUCUACCAGCCCUGGGUGCGCCCAGCCCUGCCCCGUGGUGACUGGGACACCAUUGAGAACAUGAUCAAGAUCUAUUUGCAUGAGUUCAACCACCUGAUCAGUGAAGGUGCCAUGCAGAAGGAUGUGCCCUACCCCUUCGUGGCCCAAUGCAUGGCAGGCUGCGAGCUCUACUCCAACAGAACCUCCCGUGCCUUCGGCUAUGUGGCCUACAAUGGCCAGGACUUCCUCAACUUUGACAUGGGCAGUGCCUCCUGGCAACUGUCCCAAGACACCAACCUGUCACGGUAUGUCCAGGCCAUCCUCCAAAACUAUACCACUCUCACUGAGCUGGUGGAAGUCCUCUUCAAUGAUACCUGUGUCAGCGACAUGGAGAUGUUACUGCACUACGGGAAGGCAGCUCUGGAGAGACAAGAGCCACCCGUGGCCACGGUCUUCGCCCGCACACCCAGCCCAGCCCAGCUCCUGCUGGUUUGCCGCGUCACCGGCUUCUACCCGCGGCCCAUCAGCGUGGCCUGGCUGCGGGAUGGCCAGGAGGUGCCACCGGGCCCAGUGCUCAACACCAGCGCUGUUCUGCCCAACGCUGACCUCACCUACCAGCUCCGCAGCAUCCUGGCCGUGGCACCUGAUGAUGGGCACAGCUACGCCUGCCGUGUGCGCCACCGCAGCCUGGGCACCCGCAGCCUCCUCAUCCCGUGGGGGAACUCGGAAGUAGUGCUGAUUGCUGGGCUUGGGGCUGGGCUCCUGGCAGCCGUGGACAAAUUCCUGGCAAAGUUUCACAGGAAAAAUCUCCCGCAGCCAUGUGGAGCCAACUAUCAGCUGAGUCAGAAGAAACCCGUCUGGGGACCCUACAGGGUGCACUUGAGGAGAGGGAGGGGCUUCCCCACCAAAGAUGGUGAGAAGGAAAUGGGAGUGCCAGGCCGCAACUCAGCCCCAGACCCUCUCCUGGGCCUUGCCAUGUGCACCAUGCAGCCCCCUCACCUCCUCCUCUUCCUCUUUCUCCCCAGGAUGUGGGCAGAUCCAGAGGCAGAGCCACAGGUUCUCCAGCUGCUCCUAACCAGCCUCUUCCCCAACAUCAGCUCUGCUGAGGUGUCUGGCUUGGGUCUCCUAGGAGAAGUGCCCAUCUUUGCACUGGAUCCUGCUGACUGGAGCACCCACUUCCACUGGCCCUGGGCCCAGCAGGCCCUAUCCCAGGGUGAUGGGGAGAGGAUCAAGUCCCAGGCCAAACUUUUUCUGCGCUAUAUGGUCCAAUACGUGCACAAAAUGGCCCAGCAGGUGCAACAGGACUACCCGUUGGUGAUCCAGAUUCGUGCAGGCUGUGCGCUGCACCUCAAUAGGACAAGAUGGAGUUUCAUGGAUGUCGGGGAGGGCGGCAGCAACUUCAUAACUUUCAAGGUGGAGAGGCAGUACUGGGAGACCCAGAAGACAUCCCCACUAGCAGAGGUGGUCAGCAAGUCCCUCAACAGCAAGAAGGCCAUCACAGAGCUCUUGGAUCACCUCCUCAUCAACUUCUGCCAGAGCGAGAUCCUCAUCCUGCGCAGAUACGGGAGGACAGCUCUGGAGAGACAAGAGCCACCCGUGGCCACGGUCUUCGCCCGCACACCCAGCCCAGCCCAGCUCCUGCUGGUUUGCCGUGUCACCGGCUUCUACCCACAGCCCAUCAGCGUGGCCUGGCUGCGGGAUGGCCAGGAGGUGCCACCGGGCCCGGUGCUCAACACCAGCGCUGUUCUGCCCAACGCUGACCUCACCUACCAGCUCCGCAGCAUCCUGGCCGUGGCACCUGAUGAUGGGCACAGCUACGCCUGCCGUGUGCGCCACCGCAGCCUGGGCACCCGCAGCCUCCUCAUCCCGUGGGAAAACCACAGCACAACUCCAACCAUUGGCAUCUCCCUCGCAGUGCUGCUCCUUGUAGCCACAGCCUCAGCCGGAGGGGUUUGGUGGUGGAAGCGCAGGAAAGGCGAUGAGACCACAUGGGCAAUCCGGGAAGUCAUCAUCUGA